CGGCCCGGCCCCUCCAGCCCCUUCCCCGGCUGCCGGGCCCGGGCGGCCGCAGACGCGGCGGGCGGCGCGGCCGGGAGCGGAGCUGGGAGCGCGGCGGGCGCUGCCCCUGCCCCUGCCCCUGCCCCUGCCCCCGGGCCAUGGCUGCGCACCGGCCCCGGCCCCGGCCCCGGCCCCGCCAGGGCAGGGCCGCGGGGCACCGGGCCCGGCUGCAGGCGCUGCUCUUCGCGCUGGGCUGCGGGGUGCAGCGGCACUGCGGCAAGGUGCUCUUCGUGGGGCUGCUGCUCUUCGGGGCGCUGGCCAUGGGGCUGCGCGUCGCCUCCAUCGAGACCGACAUCGAGCAGCUCUGGGUGGAAGCCGGCAGCCGCGUGAGCCAGGAGCUGCGCUACACGCGGGAGAAGCUGGGCGAGGAGGCGGUGUACACGGCACAGAUGCUGAUCCAGACGGCACGCCCGGCUGGCGCCAACCUGCUCACGCCCGACGCGCUGCGCCUGCACCUCCGCGCCACGCUGGCCGCCAGCAAGGUCCGCGUCUCGCUCUAUGGCAAGUCGUGGGACCUGAACAAGCUCUGCUACAAGUCGGGCGUCCCUGUCAUCGAGAACGGCAUGAUCGAGCGGAUGAUCGAAAAACUCUUCCCGUGCAUGAUCCUGACGCCCCUUGACUGCUUCUGGGAAGGCGCCAAGCUGCAGGGGGGCUCCGCCUACCUCCCGGGCCGCCCCAACAUCCGCUGGAGCAACCUGGACCCGCGGCAGCUGAUGGAGGAGCUGGGGCAGUUCACGCCGCUCGAGGGCUUCCGGGAGCUGCUGGACAAGGCGGAGGUGGGGCAGGCCUACAUGGGGCGGCCCUGCUUGCAGCCCACCGACCCCCAGUGCCCGCCCAGCGCCCCCAACCGCCGCACCCAGCAGAGCCCCAACGUGGCGGCUGAGCUGGCCGGCGGCUGCCAUGGCUUCUCCCGCAAGUUCAUGCGGUGGCACGAGGAGCUGAUCCUGGGCGGCGCCGCCAGGGACCCGCAGGGCCGGCUGCAGAGCGCCGAGGCCCUGCAGAGCAUGUUCCUGCUGAUGAGCCCGCGGCAGCUGUACGAGCACUUCAAGGACGACUACGAGAUCCACGACCUCAACUGGAGCGAGGAGAAGGCGGGCGCCAUCCUGGAGGCCUGGCAGCGGGCCUUCGUGGAGGUGGCACAGGCCGCGGUCCCGGGGAACAGCUCGCAGGUGGUCCAUGCCUUCUCCAGCGCCACGCUGAGUGACAUCAUGAAGUCCUUCUCCGACGUCAGCGCCGUGCGCGUGGCCGGCGGCUACCUCCUCAUGCUGGCCUACGCCUGCGUGACCAUGCUGCGCUGGGACUGCGCCAAGUCGCAGGGCGCCGUGGGCCUGGCCGGCGUCCUGCUCGUGGCCCUGUCCGUGGCCUCCGGACUCGGGCUCUGCUCCUUGCUCGGCAUCGCCUUCAACGCGGCCACCACACAGGUGCUGCCCUUCCUGGCGCUGGGCAUCGGUGUGGAUGACAUGUUCCUGCUGGCGCAUGCCUUCCCCGAGGCCGGUCCUCACGUCCCCUUCAAGGAGCGGACGGGCGAGUGCCUGCGGCGCACGGGCACCAGCGUGGCCCUGACAUCCCUCAGCAACAUGAUCGCCUUCCUCAUGGCCGCCCUGGUGCCCAUCCCCGCCCUGCGCGCCUUCUCCCUGCAGGCAGCCGUGGUCGUGGCAUCCAACUUCGCCAUGGUGCUGCUCGUCUUCCCGGCCGUGCUCAGCCUCGACCUGCACCGACGCCGGCACCGCCGGCUCGACGUGCUCUGCUGCUUUGCCAGCCCCUGCGCCUCACGCGUCCUCCAGCUGCCACCACAGGAGCUAGGUGGGGCGCCAGCCACGGGGGGCCCGGUGCAAGCCCUGGCCCGGUGCGACACCACGGGGCAGCACGUGGUCACAGUCCUGCCGCCCACGCCCGCCAGCUCCACCCGCGACCUGCUGGCCCAGCUGGACGAGGCCACGGGGGCGCCCGCCUGCCUGCCCCUGCCAGCCUGCCGCUGGGACCUGGCCCACUUUGCCCGCCGCAAGUAUGCACCACUGCUGCUGCGGGCGCAAAGCAAGGGCGUGGUGGCGCUGCUGUUCGUGGGGCUGCUGGGGCUGAGCCUGUACGGCGCGACGCAGGUGCGGGACGGGCUGGCGCUGACAGACGUGGUGCCACGGGGCACGGCCGCCCACGCCUUCCUGGCGGCGCAAGCCCGCUACUUCUCCUCCUACCAUGCCUUCGUGGUCACCACCGGCGGCUUCCACUACCCCGACGCCCAGGCCGCGCUGCUGGGUCUGCACCGUGCCCUGGGCUCCCUGCGCCACGUGGUGCGAGGGCCUGACCGCCAGCUGCCGCGCAUGUGGCUGCACUACUUCCAGGACUGGCUGCGGGGUGAGCGGGGCCGCGGGGUGGUGCAUGGCGGGGGGGCCCCGGUCACCUGCGUUCAUGCCCCACUGUAUUCCCCCUCCCUAGGGCUCCAGGUUGCCUUCGACCGGGAGUGGGCGUCCGGGCGCAUCACCCGCGACAGCUACCGCAACGGCUCAGAGGACGGUGCGCUGGCGUACAAGCUGCUCAUCCAGACGGGCAACCCGCAGCAACCCCUCGACUACGACCAGCUGACAACACGGCGCCUGGUGGACGUGGAUGGGCUGGUACCGCCCGACACCUUCUACAUCAGCCUGACGGUCUGGGCCAGCAACGACCCGCUGGGGCUGGCAGCCUCGCAGGCCAACUUCUACCCGCCUCCGCCCGAGUGGGUGCACGACAAGUACGAUGCCACCGGCGAGAACCUGCGCAUCCCAGCAGCGCAGCCCCUGGAGUUCGCGCAGGUGCCCUUCUACCUGAGCGGGCUGCGGCACACGGCCGACUUCGUGGAGGCCAUCGAAGGCGUGCGGGCCGUGUGUGAGGAAGCGGCGCGGCGCCAUGGCGUGCGCAGCUACCCCAGCGGCGACCCCUUCCUCUUCUGGGAGCAGUACCUGGGCCUGCGGCGCUGGCUGCUGCUGGCGCUCAGCAUCGCGCUGGCCUGCACCUUCCUGGUGUGCGCCCUGCUGCUGCUCAACCCCUGGACGGCCGGCGUCAUCGUGCUGGUGCUGGCCAUGAUGACAGUGGAGCUCUUUGGGCUGAUGGGGCUGAUGGGCAUCAAGCUGAGCGCCGUGCCUGUCGUCAUCCUCAUCGCCUCCGUGGGCAUCGGCGUCGAGUUCACCGUCCACGUCGCACUGGGCUUCCUGACGGCCGUGGGUAGCCGGGACCGGCGCUCGGCGCUGGCGCUGGAGCACGUCUUCGCACCCGUGCUGGACGGCGGCAUCUCCACCCUGCUCGGUGUCCUCAUGCUCGCCGGCUCUGAGUUCGACUUCAUCAUGAGGUACUUCUUCUCCGUGCUGUCUGUCCUCACCGUGCUGGGGCUCCUCAACGGGCUGGUGCUCCUGCCCGUCCUGCUCUCGGUCAUCGGGCCCCCCGCCGAGGUCCCGCCAGUGGACAACAGCAGCCGCCUGCCGUCACCAGAGCCCCUCCCGCCGCCCAUCGCCCACCACGGCUUCUAUGUGGGGCGCCCGCCAGCCUGGCACGGCCCUGACACGGCCCCCGAGACCCCCCCAGCCAUGGGGCCUGGUGACGAGGACCCCUCCGGCAGUGCCCAGGCCUGCAUCCUGCUCCAGGCCGGCAAGGACCCCCGCUUUCCCUGCAUCACCGUGGUGAAAGCCUUCGAGGUGGGGCCGGAGCCCCUGGGACAGGAGUCCACGACCGGAGACCGGCCGCCCCGCGCCCGCCCCACACCCCCACCGCCCACCUACGCCACGGUGACGGCCACGGCCUCGGUGACGUUGGCACUGCACCCCGGCCUGCCCGGUGCUGCCCGCGGCUACGCCCACGCCGCCUUUGAGGACAGCGAGUCCGAUGGCCACGAGGACGUGCCCGGCGCCCAGCGCACCCACCACGGGUGCCAUGCCACUGCCACGUGCCGCUAGGCUGCCCCACGGGACCAGGAGGCCCCUGAAGACGUGCCAUGGUGUGACGUGGUGCAGCACACUACGAUGUGCCACAUUUGCUGUGCCAGGACGUGACAUGCUGUGUCAUGAUGUGCCAUGUUGGCGUGGCGUGGCGUGGCAAGCCAUGAUGUGCCACGUGUGCCAGGCUGUGCCCUGGCGUCCCACUGGCUGGGCCGGGGACUGUGGGCGCCAGGAGCCGUGGGCAGGGCCGGGGGUGCCCAGUGGGGUGGGGGGUGCCAGCGCCCCCACGACAUGCUGCUAUUCCCUUAAUAUUAUUAUUAUUAUUCUCCCCGCGCUGCCCCUGCCCUGGAGACCCCGGGGGGUUGGGGCAGAGCCCAGCCCUGCAGGCACCAGUUCCUAUGCAAGGGGGGGCUGCUGGGUUGGGGUGCCCGGGGGGGGGGGGGUUACUGCCCCCCUGCUCCCCUCCUGGGGGGAAAUGGCAGCGCUCGGUCCUGCUGCAGCCCCCUCCCCGCACGGGCCCCGAUCCUGGAGCCGGAGGGCAAACAGUGCCCGCUUCACCUCCAUCACCAGCACUUUAAUUCCUGCCCCCCGCCCCCCCCCUGCUCCCCAAUUGCCUGCUGGCGCCCCUGCUGGGGGGGCGAGGGCACCCGCAAAGCUCAGGGGCAAGGGGGGCACCAGCAGCCACCCCCAGCCACCCCCAUGGCCCAGCCCCAGCCGUGCCCAGGGUGCAAGCGGUCAUGGGGCCCCCCUGCCCCGCUGCCAGUGCCCCCUGGUCCUGCCGGGUCUCCAUGGUGGGGGCGGGGGGGGGCAGGUAAAUUAUUUAUAUCACAGAGCAGAGUCUAUUUUUGUAGGUCGUGUCGCGCCGAGCCCCAGCCCGGGCCGGCCCCGCGCACGGGAAUAAAGCGAUAUUCUAUCUA